AUGGCCAUCCUUCUGUUGUAUGUGGACGACAUCGUCCUCAUGGCGUCUUCCGGAGAGCUGCUCCGCGACAUCGUGCGCCAGUUACAGGCCGAGUUUGCGAUGAAGGAUCUCGGUUCUCUCCACAAUUUCCUCGGCAUACAGGUGACACGGACGGCGUCUGGUUUCUUUCUCUCUCAGCGUGCAUAUGCAGAGGACAUUCUUCACCGCGCAGGCAUGUCAUCAUGUAAGCCAGUAAGCACUCCUAUGGAAGCUAAGGCCAAACUUGCUGCUGACAGUGGAAAACCAGUCAAAAAUGCAUCUGAAUAUCGCAGUUUAGUGGGAGCUCUGCAAUAUCUCACUAUGACCAGACCUGAUCUAGCUCAUGCAGUCCAGCAGGUUUCAUGGUCUUCCAAGCGCCAGCCAACAGUGUCUCGGUCAAGUGCUGAAUCGGAGUACAGGGCAGUUGCAAAUGCGGUGGCAAAAUGUUGCUGGCUCAAACAGCUACUUGGUGAGUUGUCAUGCCCUGUCAACAAGGCAACAGUUGUGUUCUGUGACAAUGUUUCUGCAGUUUACAUGGCGAGCAAUCCUGCUCACCAUAGACGGACAAAACACAUUGAGCUUGACAUUCACUUAGUUAGAGAACGUGUUCAACUUGGUGAGUUUCGAGUAAUGCAUAUUCCCACGGAGGCACGGACAAACAGCUAG